CCCCCCUCCCCAGCCUCCACGCCUUCCCAGCCUGGGCGCUCUCUGAACCCGCUCCUUCGGGGUUUCUAUGGAGGGUUCCUUACGCGGCCGUGAUUGACUACAUCACGGCCACUGGUGACUGAUUCCGCCUCCAGCCCCCCUGCCCUCCCGGAAGGUCAGGGGCUGGGACCCACGUUCCAGGCCUCUGAUCACAAGGUGGCUCCACUGGCAUCCAGCCCCAUCCUUGGGUGGUUUCCCAGAGUCAGCUCAUUAACAUAAGGAACGACACCUUCAUCCCUCUCAGCAGAGGAAAUUCCAAGGGUUUUGGGAGCUCCGUGCCAGGAACAGUGGGCAAAGACCAAAUACGUCUUUCUUAUGGGCCAGACUCCAAGUCAGGGCACGGCCUUUGGGAGACGCUGGGGAGGGGACAUCCGCAUCUCACGGGUCGGGGGACAGACUCUCACUGACCCCAGAUCUCUUGCCUUUCUUUGCCAGCUUCUCUUCAAAGUGCAGGACUAUUUUUAGCGGUGGCUCCAUCACUUCGGGCCCUGCAGGUCCGGGGUCCCGAGGCGCCUUCUCGGUGGCUGCUCCCUCCGGCGGCCCCGCCCGGCCGGGUCCUGGGAGCUGGACCAUCGCUCCUGAUGCCCCACCUGGAGGGAGAACCAGCAACUUCUCCAAGGUGCACCCGAGUGCCCGCAUUUUAGGCAGGUUAAGGCUGCCAGGGGCUCAGCUGUACUCAGAUGGACGGGACGGAGACCCGACAGCGGAGGCCAGAGGAGCUGGGCCUGCUGCACGGUCUCAGCACAGGAAGACUCCCUGAAGCCUCGGAAGAUGGACCGCUGAGUGUCCCUGAGAGCCAAAGGGUGGCCCCUAAACCCCUGGGGCCUGAGCUCAGCAGGGAGACCACCUUGUCCAUUGGCCUCCAGGUGACAGUGCCCUUCCUGUUUGCAGGCCUGGGACUGUCUGGGGCAGGCAUCCUUUUGAACUAUUUCCAGCACUGGCCCGUGUUCACGGAGGUGAAGGACCUGCUGACCUUGGUGCCGCCCCUGGUGGGCCUGAAGGGCAACCUGGAGAUGACACUGGCCUCACGCCUCUCCACCGCAGCCAACACUGGGCAGAUCGAUGGCCCCCGGGAGCAGCACCGAGUCAUCAGCAGUAACCUCGCCCUCAUCCAGGUGCAGGCCGCCGUCGUGGGGCUCCUGGCCGCCGUGGCGGCCCUGCUCCUGGGCGCGGCGUCGGGGCAGGAGCUGGACGCGGUGGAGGCGGAGGUGCUGUGCGCCAGCAGCGUCAUCACUGCCUUCCUGGCGGCCUGCGCCCUGGGGAUGUUGAUGGUCUGCAUAGUGAUCGGCGCUCGAAAGCUCGGGGUCAACCCGGACAACAUCGCGACGCCCAUCGCGGCCAGCCUGGGAGACCUCAUCACCUUGUCCAUCCUGGCUUUCGUCAGCAGCUUCUUCCACAAACACAGAGACAGUCGGUAUCUGACGCCGCUGGUCUGCAUCGGCUUCACGGCCCUGACCCCCCUGUGCAUCCUCAUCGCCAAGCAGAACCCGCCAGUCGUGAAGAUCUUGAAGUUCGGGUGGUUCCCCAUCGUCCUGGCCAUGCUCGUCAGCAGUUUCGGGGGGCUCAUCUUGAACAAGACCAUCUCCAAGCAGCAGUUCCGAGGCAUGGCCGUAUUUGCCCCCAUCAUUUGUGGUGUUGGUGGCAACCUGGUGGCCAUUCAGACCAGCCGGAUCUCCACGUACCUGCACCUGUGGAGCACGCCUGGGGUCCUGCCCCUCUGGAUGAAAAAACGCUGGCCUAACCCCUGCUCCACGUUCUGCAGCUCAGAAAUCAACUCCGUGUCGGCCCGCGUCCUGCUCUUCCUGGUGGUUCCAGGCCACCUGAUCUUCUUCUCCAUCAUCUACCUGGUGGAAGGCCAGUCAGUCCCAAACGACAAAACCUUCGUGGGGCUCUACCUGCUGGCGGGCCUGGUCCAGGUGACGAUCCUGCUGUACCUGGCGGAAGCGACGGUUCGGCUGACAUGGAACCAGGCCCUGGACCCGGAUGACCACUGCAUCCCCUACCUCACGGGGCUGGGGGACCUCCUCGGGACCGGCCUCCUGGCACUCUGCUUCCUCGCCCACUGGCUACUGAGGAGUGAAACGGUGCUGGAUGGCACCUCAGAACCAGCAUCUGGACCUUCCUAAGGAGCCCAGGCAUCCCUGCCGCUCAGGAGAACCUUCCCCUCGUGCCCAUGGAAACAGGGUGUGGUUUCUUCCCAGCCGGACCCCCAGAGAGGCUGACCCUGGCCUCUGCCGGUCAGCCGAGGACGCACACACACUCUGGAGCUGCUGCUGCCUGAGCCCGGGAUGGAGCCUGAGGUCAGGAGCCCUUGCCGGCGAGCGUGCAUGCCCGUGUGGAGGGGAGGGCAGGGCGCUGCGGCCUGAAGACGUUGAACCAAAGGCGCCUGUGCGCUUUGCAGGGCGGGGCACUGUCUGGAGCCCAUGGAGCCCACGCAGCCUGGCUGUAGUGCAGCAGGAAGGACACCCUCUGUCCCCGAGCUCGGGACACUGAGCCUGGCUUCAGGGCUGUUGUCGCUCAGCCCUUCCCAGGACAGGGCCGGGCCGUGCCCACCCCCUCUUCUGCUCCCAGCAUUCCUGUCAGUCAGUCAGUCAGUGCUUGCUUUUUCUCUUUCAUUAGAACAAAUCUCUCUCUGCUUAUUUUAACGAUCAGAGGAGUGUAAAAAUAAAACUGGAACCCCAGCUGCACCCCGAGGUGAGUGUGGGAUCAGCCCCAAUACAAAGGGGAUGGGGAAUCAGCAAGCUGGACGGUGGGUUAUUGCUACGGAUCAAAGGAAAAAUGUCAACUUUGCACGUGCAGCUGUACAAAAACUUUUAAUUCACUCACAUGAGGAGUUGGGCCCAAUACCAGCAGGGACCUCAGUGCCCAGGAAACGGAAGUCCUGAGCACCUCAGAGGGACACCCACUGGGGGUGUGCGGGACAGAGGUCCAGCCGCACGGCCCGGACUCUCCUCCCGCAGAACAGGAGGCCGCCGGGCCUGGCUCCUCGUGGAGGGGCCGCUGGAUGACCCGGGGCUUCGGGGAGCACCAUCUAGAGAUGGAAACACCCCCUCCCCCAUGCAGGACACAGCAGAAAUCAGAACCAAAAGCCCAAAAACUCAAAAGAGACAAACAGAAUGGGCAGAGUUGGGAUGAUUCCCAAGCCUGAGAAUCAAAACAGCAUCUGAACAAAAACACUUCGAAAGGCACAAGGCAAAACACCGUUUCUGAGAGCCUGUGUCCGGCCCACUGACUUGUCUCCUUCUGCAGGACAGACCUCACUCCGUGAAAACACACGGUCACCCUCAACAAUGCACACACCUCAGUGCUCAGAACGUGGCUGUACAGACCGCUGUCCAAUUGCCAUUAGACGUUACUACCCAAAUACAGAACUCAAAAUCAUCACUUUAAAGGUUUAACUCUAUAUUUGGUCUGUGCAGGGGCUGCGACAGGGCCCGGGGGCCUCGUCACCCGUCACGUUCCCCUGACACCAGGCCACCUGGGCCACUAGACCCGGUGCCACCCCAGCUCAACCGCGACCCCCACCGAGGGCGGGGACAGCCUGUUCGCUCUCAGCCAGACGCUGCGCCGAGUGCUGAAGCCCCGUCACGGGCCACCGCGGAGGCUCCGUCCUCUUCCCUAGGCACGCAGCAAGCUCAGGCGGAUGCAGGCUGCGUGCACAGCCGAGCGAGGAAAAAGGCACGCUCUGCCCUGAGAGGAUGGUACGGCCCCAAACAGGUCCCUGAUAAAACGUAAGAAAAACACUUGCGAAAAUGUACCCGAAGUCUCUGAAGAACGAGGCCAGCCUUCCAAGUGGCGCCCUCGGCCCAGGCAGAGCUGGUUUCACUGCAGGGCCCACAGGCCGACCGUGCUGCCCGAGCUCCACAUGUCCUCGGGCCCAGUGGCCCCUCCAGCUGCAGGGAGCACCUCCUGCGAAACCAAGCACAGUGGUGAGCUCGGCAACCGCAGCACAGCGCAGGCCCACACGCGCCCCUGGCCUCCCUUAGUUGAAAACGCUCGUUUUCCCCCUAUUUUAAGCAUAUAUUCCUUGAAGAAGAAUUUUAGUAUCAACAAAACUAAGCAAAGGUGAACUCAGUCCUCUGCUCUGCUCUGGGUUUCUUCAGAGAUGGGACUGUCCUCCCUGACCUUUGACCCUCCCCACUCGCUCUGGGAGCGCCCCCCCACUCCCAGUCACGGUCACAAGCUGCCGUCCGCGGCAUCAGUGCAGACGGGCUCCAGCGACGUGGCCGCACCACCACCACCCAGCCUGCCACCAGGGAACAGGCCACAGCGACCCCCUGCUCACUUGUACACGACCCUGAGAUGAGGAACACCCGACGGAUGGAGGGGAUGGCCGUGAGGCCGUCCAGACGCUGUGACCGGUCGCACGCCCUCCAGUUCACCCCCACCCCGCGCUCCGUUCAACAUUCACUUCUAACGUUACGGAAAAUGUCGAACAGCCCAAUUCGAAUAUAAGAAAACCAAAAUUACUGUUUGUUUCUCACAUAAACGUUUGAAAUUGGAUAAGCUACAUCAUUAUUUUUUACCCAAAUCUCAAUUAUCCACUGCCACCCAUACUCAGCUUAGCCUAUUUCCCCCACAGGCUAAAAUCUGGCCCGCCCAACUUCCACAAUUCUAAACGUAUGACCCUUGAAGACCGUAUUAAAUUCCACCCCAUCUACCGUGAUGAGUGAAUCCCAGCUGUAUGCUCCACCUUUUAUGUCUCGAUCCCUUAGCCACCUCUUCCACAAAGUGGAAAAACACCCUGGCAACCCACCCAGCGAGUCCCAUGCAAGGCCGCCUCAGGGAGACACCUCAGGAAGCCGGAAGCUUCACGAGUCUCAACAAACCCAAAGAGCAAAGAGGCAUCCAGACCUGGAGGACGUAGACGGGCAUGACAGCAAGCAGGGGUUGGGAGACAGGAGGCUGUGGGCCGGGCGCCAACGGGAAGACCACGUGCCCUGAGGGGUCAUCCUGGGAAGGCAACCGCACACACGGCUCAGUCACCUUGGCCCGAGGAGUCCCGCUACCUUGAGACGCAGCAGAACCAGCGCACCCGCCUUCCAGGGGCGGCCUGAGGCCCAGCAGUGACCGGAGCCCUCCCCCAAGCCCAGCUCGAGGCCCAGCUGCAUGGCCCCGCGGCCCGAGAGCCGAGUACACAGAGGUGCUCAAAGAGGCUGGAUCAGAGCUGUACCUCCUCAGCGUUUAAACCUCUUCUCUCCCAAAACGCUUGCAAACCAUCUUCCAGCCCCUGGAAAGCGAGGCUGAAGGUGACAGAGCCACAGAGGGGGGAGCAGCCGCAGCUGCAGGUCCGCAAUGGCCCGGGCGCAGCCCAAGAGGUGGCCAGCCCUGCCCUGAGGGCCUCAGUGCGGCAGAGAAAGUAAGAGAGAAACAAGCUCAGCACCAUUUUCCACACAGGCCACCUCCUCCGGGUGCAUCCUGGCACAGCAUGAGCACGCUGCCUUCACCCAGCCCCGUGAGGACAGAAGCCAAGUCCGGGGACCCGGCCGCACAAGGAGCCAGACGCACUGCCAGUUGUCUGCGGGUGCGGCCACGGGACCUCAGGCAGGAGCGGGAUGGAGUGCAGAGGGCAGGCUGCAGGGGAGCUGGACACGGGGAAUGCGUGGGGAAGUCUGGACACAGUGGAGUGACGGACAGGAGGGAUGCAGGACGGGGCAGGACGGCUCACGGGCUCUUACCUGCAGCAGCUGGACCUGGACGCACGGCAGAGCCACGCCGGGCACUGCGAGGCUGCCCCACAGCCAGGCUCCCGGGCCGGCAUGGACGUCACCUUCCCCUGUGCUCAGUGCGGGCCCCGCGGCUCCUGAAACACACAAGGCCCCCAGACUCACGGCUGCUCAGCCAGAGGGAAGAGGCCAAGACCAGGCCUCCGCUUGGAGCUGAGCAAGGCUCUCGUGUCUUCCGCAGAGACGGCUCAGGCCACGCCGUCCUCAAGGGUGGAUUCCCCCUCACCCUCAAAGCCUGGGGCACGCAGGGUCCCUGACACACGGAGCAUGACCAAGCUCACGGAAAAAGAAGGGAGGGAAGCCGGCUGCAUCCCCCCCGCGCCCCCCUGCCGGCACCUCAGCACCUGCUAAAUGGCUCUUUCUGUCCAGCUUCCUUCGCAAAAAUCAUCACUUUCUUGGUUUCAUAACAACGUGCUUUUUAAAAAAAUUAAGCACAAAGAAGAAAGAAAACAUCCUAACACCCAGAAAGGGUUUUUCUGACACAGGAACCCUGGAUUCAAGCCUGGUUCCACCACCAACUCUCCCUGACCCUGGACAGGUGAGCUGAGCUCUGGCCUGGGGCUCCCACUGCAGAGUGUGGGGAGGACGGACCACGUGGAUGCGCUCAGGGUGCAGGACCGAGCCCAGCGCAGAGCGAGCACCCAGGGGUGGAGGCGCUGUCACUGCUGGGCAGACACAGGCAUGGAACGGCUUCACAAAGACAACCUUACGGUGAGCAGCAUAGCGGCAUACAAGCUCACUUAAUAGAAGCACCCAAUUAAAUGUUGUUGAAUUAAGCAACGCCAAAAGAACAAGUGAGGCUGAACGACUUGCUACUUCCAGAAAACACGUCUUCAGGAAAACAUCUAGUUGACCUCAAGUCAAAGAUGAAAACCACGAGAGGCUGGCCGGCUAUGUAGGUUCUGUCUCCCUUCUGCCGGGCACGGUUGGCUCUGCUGCCCGACGAGCCAGCCUGUGGGCCCCAUCCCCGGGGUCUCACUGCCGACGCCCCUCCAUGUGUGUCCUCUGGGUCCAGCCCCCGUUCUCCGCCUGCCCCAGGAGCCUGACGCCCCUGCUGCUCCCAGCAGGACUCACUCCCUCCCCUUCAACAGGGAGGAAUUCGAUGUCCCCCCUGUCCUCCGGGGGCCUGUGCUGUUCCAGCCACCUCUGGAAUUUUACCUGAAUCAUCGUUAUGCUUUGAAGUCUUUUAUCACCCUCAGAUAUUUCCCCGCAAUACAAAUCUGUACAUAAAUUGAAAUUUUACUUAUUUUUAAAGUUUUCUUAAAUAUACUUUCUAGAAGUGAACAUUCUUCAUCUGAAAAAGUGAGUUACCAUUGCAAUUAUCAGAAACGCAAACCCCGUCAAAAUAAGACAUUAAACUUUGAUAAUUAUAAAAUAUUAAAAGGAAAAUUACACUGAAAAAUGCAUCCAGAGGAGUGCACUGCCGGCCUGCUCCCAGGUGGCUCGUGUCUGCGUGAGCACUGAGACUGGUAAACAUACAUUUCUGCCAAUUAAAAAAAUGUCUUAAUAAAAUGCUCGUGUGCUUUAGUUUCAUCCCAA